AUGGCCUUGGGCGACCUGGAUCAAAACGUAUCAAAUCACACAUCGUCCUUAAUUCUGGCCAUGCAGCGGUCCUACGUGGCAUGCUGGAAUUCCUUGCAAUACAACUUUGGAGAAAACGGCGGGGAGAGAGCACGAAACGAGCUUUUAGGUGCCGGCGCGACACAGAGAAUCGAUCUACUACAGGGAGUGGUGACCUACUGGAGGGUGUGGAUGUGGGUGGGACUCCAGUUACUCGUAACGGUUUCGGGAAUUCUUUUAUGGUAUUUUGAGCGUAUCUGGGAUGUUAGGUCGAAGGACAGUCGGGAACGGAGCUUUGCAGCGGAUGCAUUGCUGUUGGAUACGAAGGACGUAUUUGAGGCGAAGGAUAAGAGGAGGAAAGCGAGAGAAGACCUGGAAAAAGGGGUGCCGGCGCCGGCUUCACUUAAUAUUAAUACGCCACUGCGUGUUCAGUUGGUGCCGAAGCCGAAGGAUGAUAUCACAGGCCCGAGUGCUGGCACAGGCCCGGCUGAUGACGACCCCAAGCCGCAUAUUCUACAGGUAUAUCGACCUGAAUCACCACCACAACCACCAGUGGUGCCGGACCUGAAGUCCUAG